AUGGCCCUGCUCUCGCAGAAAGCAGAGCCCCAGGGCAGCGCAGAGCCAGGCUGGGCGAACGCAGAGGGUGUCAUGGAGAGUCAGAUGGUGGACACUGCCCAGCAGUUGACCUUCAUCCAACCCAUCACUAUCUUCCCCACUAUGAGUACCCUGAACCCCGCACACAACGGGCGGGUGUGCAGCACGUGGGGCGACUUCCACUACAAGACCUUCGACGGGGACGUCUUCCGCUUCCCCGGACGCUGCAACUACGUCUUCUCCGCACACUGUGGCGCCACCUACGAGGACUUCAACAUCCAGCUCCGCCGUGGCCUGGCGGGCUCCAAGCCCACCAUCACCCACGUCACCCUCAAGACGCAGGGGCUGGUGCUGGAGCUCUCCAACAGCUCUGUCCUCCUCAACGGGCGGCGGGAGGAGCUGCCCUAUAGCCAGGCCGGCCUCCUGGUGGAGCAGAGCAGCGACUACAUCAAGGUCAACGUCCGGCUGGUGCUGACCUUUAUGUGGAACCGAGAGGACAGCGCCCUGCUGGAGCUGGACCCCAAGUAUGCCAACCAGACGUGUGGCCUCUGCGGGGACUUCAAUGGACUACCAGCCGUCAACGAGUUCUAUGCCCACAACGCGAGGCUGACCCCUUUACAGUUCGGGAACCUGCAGAAGCUGGACGGGCCCACAGAGCAGUGCCGGGACCCCCCACCCUCCGUAGCCAACAACUGCACAGACAGGGAGGGCGUCUGCCACCGCACGCUGCUGGGGCCGGCCUUCGCCCAGUGCAACUCGCUGGUGGGCCCGGGCGCGUACAUGGCCGCCUGCGCCCAGGACCUGUGCCGCUGCCCCACCUGUCCGUGUGCCACCUUCGCCGAGUACUCCCGCCAGUGUGCCCACGCAGGGGGCCAGCCGCAGAACUGGAGGGGCCCGGACCUCUGCCCCCGGACGUGCCCCCUCAACAUGCAGCACCAGGAGUGUGGCUCGCCCUGUGCCGACACCUGCUCCAACCCCGAGCGCUCCCAGUUCUGUGAGGACCACUGCAUCGAUGGCUGCUUCUGUCCCCCAGGCAGCACGGUGCUGGAUGACGUCACGAACACGGGCUGCCUGCCCCUGGAGCAGUGCCCCUGCACCCACGGCGGCCACACCUACACCCCGGGCGCUUCCUUCACCGCCAGCUGCCACUCCUGCACCUGCUCAGGGGGGCUGUGGCAGUGCCAGGACCUCCCCAACAUCACCGUGUUCAGACCCUCGACCUUCUUCAUCCUGGUGCAGACGGGCCUGGGGCUGCAGCUGGAGGUGCAGCUGGUACCCAUCAUGCAGGUGUUUCUCAGGCUGGACCCCACCCACCGCGGCCAGAUGUGCGGUCUCUGCGGGAACUUCAACCAGAACCAGGCUGACGACUUCCGGACGCUCGGCGGCGUGGUGGAGGGCACGGCCGCGGCCUUCGCCAACACCUGGAAGACCCAGGCCUCCUGCCCCAACGUCAAGAACAGCUUCGAGGACCCCUGCUCCCUCAGCGUGGAGAACGAGAACUACGCCCAGCACUGGUGUUCCCUGCUGACCAACCCUGCCGGCGCCUUCUCGCCCUGUCACUCUGUCAUCAGCCCAGCGCCUUUCCACUCGAACUGCCUGUUCGACACGUGCAACUGUGAGAAGAGCGAGGACUGUCUGUGUGCGGCGCUGUCUUCCUACGUGCGGGCCUGCGCGGCCAAGGGCGUGCUGCUCAGCGGCUGGAGGGACGGCGUCUGCACCAAGUACAUGAGCAGCUGCCCCAAGUCCCAGGAAUACGCCUACGUGGUGGAUGGCUGCCAGCCCACCUGUCGCGCCCUGAGCCAGGCUGACGUCACCUGUGGUGUCACCUUCGUGCCCGUGGAUGGCUGCACCUGCCCCCGUGGCACCUUCCUGGACGACGCUGGUGCCUGCGUGUCUGCAGAGGCCUGUCCCUGCUACUUCCACGGAUCCGUGGUGGUCCCCGGGGAGGUGGUGCAUGACAACGGCGUGGUGUGCUCGUGUGUGAGCGGGAAACUGAGCUGCCUGGGGGCCGACCUACCAGGGUGCCCUCCCUCCACAGGGUGUGUGGCCCCCAUGGUGUACCUGGACUGCAGCAACGCCUCGGCGGGCACGCCCGGGGCCGAGUGCCUCAGGAGCUGCCACACGCUGGACGUGGACUGUUUCAGCACUCACUGCGUGUCUGGCUGCGUCUGCCCCCGGGGGCUCGUGUCGGAUGGAAAUGGGGGCUGCGUGGCCGAGGAGGACUGUCCCUGCCUGCACAACGAGGCCACCUACAGUCCCGGGGACACCAUCAGGGUCGACUGUAACACCUGCACGUGCCGGAACCGCAGGUGGGAGUGCAGCCACCGGCCCUGCCUGGGCACCUGCGUGGCCUACGGGGACGGCCACUUCAUCACGUUCGAUGGCGAGUGGUACAGCUUCGAGGGGAGCUGCCAGUACACGCUAGCCCAGGACCACUGCGGGGGCAACAGCACAACCAAUGGGACCUUCCGCAUUGUCACCGAGAAUGUCCCCUGUGGAACCACGGGGGUCACCUGCUCAAAGGCCAUCAAGAUCUUUCUGGAGGACUAUGAGCUGAUCCUGCACGACGGUGCCUACAAGGUGGUGCAGAGGGGGCCUGGUGGAGACCUGCCCUACAGGGUCCGGUACAUGGGCACCCACCUGGCUGUCGAGACCCGGGGCGGCCUGGUCGUGUCCUGGGACCGGAAGACCAGCGUGUUCAUCCGGCUGCGCCAGGAUUACAAGGGGAGGGUCUGCGGGCUGUGCGGGAACUUCGAUGACAAUGCCGUCAAUGACUUCACCACACGGAGCCGGUCCGUGGUGAGUGACGUGCUGGAGUUUGGCAACAGCUGGAAAUUCUCCCCGUCCUGCCCGGACGUGCCGGCCCCCAGGGACCCCUGCACCGCCAACCCAUACCGCAAGUCCUGGGCCCAGAAGCAAUGCAGUGUCAUCAACGGUGCCACCUUCGCCGCCUGUCGUUCUCAGGUUGACUCCACCAAGUACUACGAGGCCUGCGUGAGCGACGCGUGCGCCUGCGACUCAGGGGGUGACUGCGAGUGUUUCUGCACCGCCGUGGCUGCGUACGCCCAGGCCUGCCAGGAGGUGGGCGUGUGUGUGUCCUGGCGCACCCCGAACCUCUGCCCCCUGUUCUGCGACUACUACAACCCCCACGGAGAGUGCGAGUGGCACUAUCAGGCCUGCGGGGCCCCCUGUCUGAAAACCUGCCGGAACCCCAGUGGACACUGCCUGAUGGACCUGCCAGGACUGGAAGGCUGCUACCCAAAGUGUCCGCCCAGCAAGCCAUUCUUCAACGAGGACCAAAUGAAGUGCGUGGCCCAGUGUGGCUGCUACGACCAGGACGGAAAGUACUAUGAAGUGGGCACCAGGGUCCCCACAGCUGAAAACUGCGAGAGCUGUGAAUGCACCCCCAGUGGCCUACAGUGCACACACAGCCUCGAGGCCUGCAGGUGUACCUAUGGGGACAAGACCUACAGCUACGGGGACGUCAUCUACAACACGACGGACGGGCACGGCGCCUGCUUGAUUGCCAUUUGUGGAAACAAUGGAACCAUCAUCCGAAAGGUCGUGGAAUGUCCCAGCACCUUGUCCACCACGCCCUUCACCUUUACCCCAACCACAGUACCGCCCUCCACAACAGGCCCAGGCCCCACCCACUCCACUGUGUGUGUGCACCAGAUCUGCCGCUGGUCUGCCUGGUAUGACAGCGAGCGUCCAGAGCCUGACAUGGGAAGUGGGGACUUCGAGACGUUUGUGAACCUGAGGCAGAGGGGUUACCAGGUCUGCCUGGUCCCGGCCGGUGUCGAGUGCAGGGCACGGGAGCUCCCCGACAUGCCCCUGCAGCAGCUGGGCCAGAAGGUGGCGUGCGACCUGGAGCAGGGGCUCACGUGUCUCAACAGCGAGCAGAGCCCCCCACUCUGCCACAACUAUGAGCUGCGGGUCCUGUGUUGUGAAUUUGUACCCUGCAGCACUCCCUCAGGCCUGGGCACAAGCCAGGAGCCGACUCACAAGGCCCUGUCCACCCCUACCCUCCAGACGACGGUGGCGUUUACCUCACAGACCCAACCUGCUACUCCUACCACAAUCCCGACCAGGACGACCAGCACCACCUGUCAGCCCCGAUGCCAGUGGACAGAAUGGUUCGAUACGGAUUAUCCCAAGUCCGAGGAGGCCGGAGGUGACAUCGAGUCGUAUGACAGGAUCAGGAGUGCGGGAGGAGCUGUGUGCCAGCAGCCCCAGGACAUAGAGUGCCAGGCAGAGAACUUCCCCAACAGGAGGCCCGAGGAGCUGGGCCAGCGCGUGCACUGCGACCCCAACCUUGGCCUCGUCUGCAGCAAUGAUGAGCAGCUGGGCCUGUUCAAGAUGUGCCUCAACUACAGAAUCCGUGUGCUGUGCUGCAGCCAAGACCACUGUGGGGAGCAAUCCACCGCCACCGCCACCGCCAUCACCACCACUGCCACCAGCACCAAACCACAGGCCACACAGACCGCCCUGGGAAGCACCACAGCAGUGCCUUUCUUCUCGACGGGACCAAUGUCCCCAUCAACAUCUCCAAACCCCAGCCACACAGACACGCACAUGACAUCUGCCACAAGGAGCCCCACGUCGUCUCCUCCAGUCUCCACAAAGCCCACCACACCAGGCGGGGCCACAUCAGUCCUUCCAACUCGCACAACCCCGCAAGGGACCACAGGAGGCACCCCACAGAAAAGCACCAGGCGAACCUCCGCGGCUCACCCAACAACGAGAGCACCACAGGAAACAACCAGCACGGUCACCAUGAGCCCACCAUCCCCCUCACACACUGGGACAAGCACACCGAGAACACAGACACCGUGGGGAACGCACAAGCCGGGGACCACCACAGAGGCCAUAACCACCCAGGAGACGACUGGCUGCCAAGCCAAGUGUGAGUGGACCGAAUGGUUUGACGUGGACUUCCCUACCUCGGGGGUCACAGGUGGAGACAUGGAGACCUACGAAAACAUCAGGGCUACUGGCGGUAAGAUGUGCCAGGAGCCGCAGAAGAUCGAAUGCCGGGCAGAGAGCUACCCCGAGGUGAGCAUCGACCAGAUCGGACAGGUGGUCACCUGCAGCCUGCGGGACGGCUUGGUGUGCCGAAACAAGGACCAGAAGGGCCCGUUCAAUAUGUGCUUCAACUACAAUAUCCGCGUGUUCUGCUGUGACCUCGUGCGUCACUGCCCCACCACCACCACACCAUUGACCACAACCUUCAUGGGUCUCUCGCCUAGUGCCCCCAGAACAGAAGCACUGAAGACCAUCUCCACACAGACCUCCCCAGGGUCCCUGCCCACUGGUACGAACUUUGGAACCACCCUACCAUCCAGCCCAACGACGUCGGCUACCGAGCCCACUACCUGUCAGCCUCGCUGCGCCUGGACAGAGUGGAUGGACCAGAGCUUCCCGAUGCCCGGGGACUCCGGCGGGGACUUUGAGACAUUUGCCAACAUCCGGGCGGCUGGCGGGACCCUCUGUGAGAAGCCGGUGGCCCUGCAGUGCCGGGCCGAGAUGCUGCCCGAUGUCCCCCUGCAGCAGCUGGGACAGGUGGUGCUGUGCGGGCUGGAGGAGGGCCUGGUGUGUCGUAACCGGGACCAGCUCGGCCGGGUCAAGAUGUGCCUCAAUUACCAG